AUGUCCUUCGAGAAACCCUCCUUCGACGACCUGCCGCUCGACAAGACGGGCCCGCCAGGCAAUGCCUGGGGACUGUUCGGCCCCAAUGACCAGUGCGGCAUGCUGAAUCUCCUUACACCCGAGCGGACGAGUGCAGCGGCGCGAGAGAUCAUUGACGGAGUGCGCAUUUCCACCGACUGGGCCUUGGACCGCAUCUCCACGCCAGCGUUUGAUCGUGCCCCGUUCGCCCAGACUAUCCACAAUAAAGCCCCGAGGUCGGUCAACGACGAUGUCUUGCAGUUCAACACGCAGACCAGCACGCAGUGGGAUGGCCUGCGACAUUAUGGCUACCAGAAAGAGCGAUUGUACUUCAACGGUCGCACCCUGGAGGACCUGCUGACCACCAAGGUCAACGGCAUCCACGCGUGGGUUGAAAAGGGUGGCAUCAUCGGGCGCGGAGUCCUGCUGGAUUAUGUCGCCUGGGCUGAGGCCAACAACGUUCCGCUCAAGCCAUUCACGCCGCAGUCGAUCACGGUCGCUGUCCUGGACGAAAUUGCGAAAGCCCAGGGGACGGAGUUGAAAACCGGGGAUAUUCUUUUCCUCCGAUCCGGGUGGGGACGGGGAUAUGCACAGCUGUCCCAAGAGGAGAUCACCGACCUCGCCAAUACCCCAUCACCGCCAGCAAUCGGAUUGGAGUCCUCGGAGGCAACGCUCCGAUGGCUCUGGGAUAAGGGAUUUGCUGCUGCCGCCGGCGACAUGCCCAGCCUCGAAGCGUGGCCGUGCCAGGACCCUAAUUACUUUCUCCACGAAUGGUUGCUGGCUGGCUGGGGCCUUCCCAUCGGCGAGAUGUUCGAUCUGGAGCAGCUGAGCGAGGAGUGCCAGAAGAGGAAGCGCUGGUCGUUCUUCUUCAGCAGCGUUCCGUUGAAGGUACCCGGAGGCGUAGCAAGUCCUCCAAACGGGGUGGCCAUUCUGUAGCGCCGUGCUGUAUCGAAGGAUAGCGAGUCAGACAAGGUUCUUGCCAAUGAUGCGAGGAGAAUGCAUCUUGGAACGAUAUAGCUGCGCCUCCAUCUCCUUGGCCAUACUAGACAUGAUAUAGAGGAUAUGGCCCAAUCAGACGAGGAAAGAAAUUCUGCCAGGAAGGGCUGCUGGCAGGUAG